AUGGACGCUAUCAAGAGAGAUGAACCAUUUCACAAACAAACGCGAAGGUUGCUUUCCCCAGCGUUUUCAACUAAAUACGUCGCAUCAUUAAAACUGUUGAUGGCUUCGUUCGUUAUCGAUUUAAUUGAUAAAGUUGACGAUUAUUUAAAGCAAAAUAUCAUUGCAGGCAGGAUAUUAUCAGAAACUUGUUUAGAGGGUAAUUUCAUAGUGUCGAAACAUCAUCCAAUUCCAAGAAAAGUAAACUCGGAAUUACGAGGAAGGGUUUUUAGAUCAAUGUUUGCUUUACUUCAUCUCCUUUUGAAUAUAGAUCCAUACUUGUGUAAUGUAAAUAAUAUUAGACGUGGUAAAGAUGGUCAAAUGUCAGAUUUUGAAAUAAUUGAUAAAAUAUUAGAAUUUUUAAUUGCUGGAACUGAAGAUACACGUUACAAGAGGAAUUUGACAAUGCUUUUGGAGAUUUAUAACGUUAAAUUACCUAUGCACUAUCAAUUGAAAUCUUUACCUUAUCUAAAUGGUGUUAUUAAUGAAACCAUGAGAUUAUGGCCUGUUGUAUUGCGUUUAUUAUUUUUAGGCGUUGGAAAAUCGCCUGCAGAAGAUAACAAAUUUAGUAUUGAAUUUUUAUCGGUUACGUCACAACCAAUGUUAAAGAAUUUUUACCGGAAAAAUGUUCAGACAUAG